AUGUCUGACCUCGAAGCGGUGGUAAGGUAAGUUAGUUAAGCUUGAGCUUCAUCAUGUUUACAGCUUGCAGCAGUAUUUUUUAAAAAAUUCUUUUUUAAUUUCGGUUUAUUUUCAGGAAAAAGACUGCUGGUUUCGAAAAAGGUACUUUAACAUGGUUACGUCGGCUACGAUCAAAAGAAUGGUUUAAGAAGAUUGAAAAGUUUUCCGGUGUUGAAUCACAUGGCGAAGUACGUCUUCUUAUGUUUUAUUUAUGUAUUUGGGUUUAUAUUUGGUCAAAAAACGUGGUUUGGUAUUGUUUUAGGUGAUAGUGUAGGACUGGUAACUUUUUUUUUUAAAUUUUGAAGUUUUAACUGGAUGUUUUGGUUAGAGUCAAAUAUUAUAUUGUAACGCAUCUUAAUGUUGAGCUUUGUGCAGAUUUAUGGAAGAGUAGGGUUAUUGGUUUAGAAGAUAUGACACAUUUACUGGAACCGUGCCAAGUUUAAAUUCAAAAAUUUCUCUUAUUUUGUUGUGCUUUGAACUUUUAUUCAUAACAUUGUGAAUAAAAGAGCCAAUGCACGGCUCCCCAAAAAUAGAAAAUUAUGAAAAAAUCGAUUGUAGACAUUUCGUCGCCUCCACGAUUGAUUCGAAUAAUUAAAAAUAAAAAAAAAUAUAUUUUAAAUUACACGAUUUAUAUGUUGUAAGACAUGGUUUUAGUUUUAAAUUUUGUUCAAUAUUAACUAUAUUUUUCCGCUUCUCUGGGAACAAAACCGAUGAAAAUCCGUAAAGUUUGGACCCUAUUACAGCCGAAAACACGACAAAAAAUAAAAAAGCGGCCGCAAUAACGAAAAGUCACAAAUUAUCGAAAAAGACGAUCGAUAACGAAUCUAUAUUUUGAUUGAUUUUGCGGUUUGGGGAGCCGUGCAAUGUCACAACAUUUCGUAUUAUGAUACUAUAUAGUAUGGUACUUUUAGGAAAAACCCCUACCGAAUGGUCUGUCCAGACGUGAAUUAAUACCAUGUUGUUCCGAAGCUUGUGUAGCUGCAUUCGAUCAAAGUCUGGUAGAUAUUGGCGAGGUGUUGAUUGAAAAUAAGCUUAGGCUCAAGUAUAAGAAUGAAGAGGAUGCUGCUAAAAUCAAUCUUCUUAAAGAUUCUGAAGACGUUGAAGAUUUUUUCGUGAAGGUUCAGAAGGCAAAAGGAGAUAUUAAGGAUGCCGAGGAUGAGCUUGCUGUAUUGGACAAGGAAACCGAGUUUCUGAAGAAUUGUUUGGAGAAGUUGAAAGAUAUGACAGGUAAGAGAAUUUGAGGAAGGUUUGGGUUUAAAAAUAAAAAAAAAAUUGAAAUUUUAAAAUUGAUUUUACAGUGCAGAUUUUUUGUUGCACUGUGCAAGCUUUUACCGGAUUUUUUAAAAUAUGAUAAAAAUUGACUUUUUUGACUAUUUUAUGGCGUUGUGGGCAUGUAUAGUACAUUUUUGAUAUUUCCAGAAAUUUUGGUACCAUACUGUGAUAGCCUUCAAGAGCCACAAAAUAUCGACCAAUUUUUGGAAAAAUUGCAAAAUCCAGUUGAAAAUGAACCGAAACCAGCAAUUAAUGAAGACUUUUUGUAAGUUUUGGCAUUUGUAAUGUAAUUUUGGCUUAGUUUUAAAUUUUACACAGUUUUGAACUAUAGGCUUAAGUUUAGGCUUAUUUAUUUAGGCUUAAGGAUAUAAAUUAAAAAAUUGUUUGAAAUAAGGAAGAUAGGCUUGUUUUAACCACUUUUAUUUUUUUUUCUUUACAGUGACGUCCUAAAGGAAAUAGAAGCCGAAAAUAACCGACAGGUAAAUAGUGACACUUGCGCUGAUGAGGAUCUCAAAAUGGAACGGACUGGUGACAAUAAAGCUGAAUACGCUGAUGUAUGUCGACUUAAAACUACUAUUCUAUCAAAGCAAUGUGAUUUGGCAACGAAUUUCAUCGACAACAUCUUCAAUGAAGCUACUGACCAAAAUGCGAGUUGUAUCUGA